AUGGGUCGUGGUCUAAGAAAGUCGGCUAACCAGUCUGCCGUCGCCCUCAGUGGCUCAACUGAGGAUGCCGAGCUUCUUCAGGAUUCACGAAUGGAGCUCGACUUCCCCGCCUCCGGCACUGAAGCUGCCGUCGACGGCCAGCCGUUUGCAAUUAUUCCCAAAAGCCCAGCAAGAAUAUAA